GCCGACGAGGGAUGGCGAGGCAGACGCGGUGUAGCUGGAAGGCGACGAUGUUGUAGAUGGUGGCAAUGAUGAUGAUGAUGUUGUCCAAGAGUGGACUAUACAGGGGCCAAUGUUGCCUGCAAAGGUAGUAAUAGUGGUGGGUAUUCCGCCGUGGCUGCUUGUCCCUUGGCCGAAGCGGGAGUGAGGGAAAUGCAAGGAAGCCAGUACCGGAUCGGAAUGGCGCCGGGAGCGGUGGGUAAGCUGAGCAAGAGAUGUACGAGUUGGUGGAGGAGGAAAGAUGCGGCAAGAUGCACCACACAGGAUCAGCGGCGACGACGAGGCAGCAUCGCAAGCAAGGGAGAGUGGAAGCGUAGAAUGAUGCAGGCCAAUGGUGAGGUCAGGAAGAGGCAGAGUAAUGUGUCGACGUCUGCUUGUGUGUGUGUGUGCCUGCCUGCCUGCCAGUCCACUCUACCACUCUUCUGGGUAAAGGCCCUCCAGAGCCGCAAGCAACCAAGGCCUUGUCAGCUUCCCUUCCUCGAGUCCACUCCGCCAGGGUCUCGUCUCUCCUCUGCAACCCAGCCCAGCCAGCCAGCCACGCCAGUGUGCCGUCCCCUCCGCUCUGGCCACCACGGCAGCGGGAAAUUUCGCUUCGAAUCGACGCGACUCAUCUCGGCAACAGGCUCCCGACAUCGGCACUCACGGCAGGCAAAAGUGCUCUGCUGCCGCCGCUGCUGUUUAGGCCUACGUGGGGGGGAAAUGAAGUCGCGCUGGGAUCACCGGCAGGGCAUUCGACUUUUAAAUAUACUCCACUCUGCUUGACUGAGAAAGGCCCGCGAGAAGUCGAACAGAAAGCCCAGUUUCCAAGGAAGUGAGGCAGCGCGGGCCAACAAUUCCACACACCCGCUCUCUCAGGGGUCCGGCAACAGUCGCACAGUAAUCUUAGCAGGAAUGAAAUGGAAUUACACAUACACAAAAUGCGCGGACGGACCUCCCGAUCAACCAAUAUGAGAAGCGAGCCAAGGGAGCC